AUGUCGGAGAUCGACAGCAACGACGAUGGAUUCAUUGAUCUCCACAAGUUCAUCGAUUUUCAUCGGAAAGGAUCGGACGACGAUGAUGAGAGCAGUAGCAAAGAGCUUUGCUAUGUGUUCGAUUUGUACGAUCAGGAUGGGAAUGGAUUGAUAUCGGCAAAAAAAUUGCACAUUGUGUUGAAAAGCUUGGGAGAGAAGUGCUCAUGGAGAGAUUGUUUGAAGAUGAUCGAGUCUGUUGAUGUUGAUGGCAAUGGAUGUAUUAAUUUUGAAAAAUUCAAGAAGAUAAUGAAGGCUUGA